AUUUGUUCCCCUCCGGAGAGGGCCAGACCCAGGACGAGGCGGAACCGGGGUGUAGGGCGGCCGGAGGCCCGGCUGCGGGACUUAGGAGCAAAUUGAGCCGAAUGUUGAGAAAAGUGUCUAGGGUUCAAGGGUCAGAGGUCAGUGUCGCGAGUUGUAGAGGGUCAAAAGUCGGAGGGUUACUAGAGAGACUAGGUAGAGGCUGAAUACUAAAAGUGCAGAUUUGUGGGAAAGGGGUUUUGGAGGGAGGAGAAGCGUCGGGGGAGAGGGGUGUGUAGUGCUGGGGGAGACUUGGGGAAGAAUACAGAAAGGGAGAGGAAUCCCCUGGUUAUCCGUUCCCAGUCCCCGGGUCUGUCACCGGUAGGUCAGUUGGCCUGGCGUCCCGCAUUUGUAAACCCAGCUGCCGGCAGGGUGAAGAGAUGGCUUCUCCCUCUAGACAGGAUCCCCUCGGGGGGUCAGGACUGCUUCAGGGGGGCCGGGCUCGUUCUUAUGGAAGCCUGGUGCAGUCCGCUUGCUCUCCAGUGAGGGAAAGACGUCUGGAGCAUCAGCUGGCGCCCGGAGACACCCUGGCUGGACUGGCACUCAAAUACGGGGUGACGAUGGAACAGAUUAAGCGUGCAAACCGCCUUUAUACUAAUGACUCCAUCUUCCUGAAGAAAACCCUCUACAUCCCCAUCCUGACAGAGCCCAGAGACCUCUUCAAUGGUUUGGAUUCUGAGGAAGAGAAAGAUAGAGAGGAAGAGAUACAGCCAAGUAAGGAUGAAGGCUUGCCACACUCACCAGGGAGGAAGAAACAAGAGACAGGUCCAGGACGUGCCAAUGGUGAAGUCCUCCCCACACCUAGCCAGGAACUCCCCACUCCCAUCCAUGACCUCUCUGCCUCUGAUUUCCUUAAGAAGCUUGAUUCACAGAUCAGCCUGUCAAAGAAGGCUGCUGCCCAGAAGCUGAAAAAAGGGGAAAGUGGGUUACCUGGGGAGGGCCCAGGUCCUCGCCGGAGCUCCCCUGGGAUGCAGCAACGAGCAGUCCUAGGUCCCGUGCCGCUGACCCGGACCUCUCGAACCCAGACACUUCGAGACCAGGAGGACGAAAUCUUCAAACUCUGAUGUCCCCAGAGCUGACUGAGAGAAGCAAGAUGGUGAAAGAGCAACUUGAGGGGGAAAGGAGCCUGAGGUGAGGCUCAAGAACAUGGCUUCCCAGCCCGCCUCCCUCACUCCUGCCCAGCCUCCUUGUCCAUCACGUGAUCCUCGCCCUGGAGCAGUUUUGAUUGGCAAGAGUAGGGUUGGGGAAUAGACCCCUUCUCCGUUCUGGGGCUGAAUCUAGAGGUGUCCUUUAGAUUCAGAAAGUUCUUUUUACAUCCCUGCUGCCUUUCCCAUGCCUUUCACCAUUCCUUGGCCUUAGAGCAGGAAGGCAGGGACGCCCCCAGCCCCCAACUUCCUCCCCAUCUUCAACUAUGCUGCCUAAUUUAUUUGGUGCUAUACUGAAGUAAUAUUUAUUUGCUGUAUUUUAUUCUUUCCCACUCUUAGCUGAAAAAUGAGUUUUUUAUAGCCCUGGUGUGAGGUAAGCCUGGGAACAGUGAGCCAGGGACUGCCGGCUGCCCACCUUCUUCACCGUCUUAGCCAAGCCUGUUGAGGAUGGGGCAGUCAGUGAUCAAGCCCAUCACAGGAGCGGGAGGCUGUGCCAGGCCUUUUCUUCAAUUUCAAAGUAAAGAAUUUGGGCUCAGUCUUGACUGACUAGUUCACUAUGAUUUUUUCACAGCCUUUGCUCUGAGGAAAAAAAGCAGUGAUAUAGGUACCGGAACUCCCCAGUUCACCCUUCUAACCUGCUCCUCUGUUCAGCCUGUGUGAGGCUAAGGGAUGGAAGAAGUGCCCUGGAGUUUGAAGGGGAGGACAGUUGUGGGAAUCUUCCUGUUAUGCCCCCUCCCCACCAGAGCCUGUCAGUCUAUGCCUUGCUCCUCGCUGCGUAUUUAUUUGCAAUUUGUAGCGUUGAUCUAUGGCACAGUGCUUCUGAGUUUCUUAAACAGAAGUAGGCAAGAGAACCCCAAUGAUACUGGAUGUAUGCCUGAGUGGUGAGAUAAGUGGUGUUUAUAUACCUCUGUGAUGAUCAUAAGAUAUAAGAAGCUGGAGAGAUUAAACACUGAGCCCUGUGCAUGUUUUAGUAGUUUUAUUUCCCAUGUGACUCUCUCCCGCCCCCACCCCCUCUUCCUGUUCU